UCUAGUCAAGAAUUUGAUUUCUGUCUCCUGUCCUACCUCUUGGACUUCCAAGUUCUGUGAGUCAAUACAGUGCCCCUUGCAUUUAAGAAACAUCUCAUCACACUUUCAUCAGCACUGAGUUUAAAUUUCAAUUAGUGAGAACCCAGGAAAAACCAAGACGCCUAUAUUCCCCAGAUCAAGAUGUUGCAGAGGCUCUACGUUCUCGUGAGAAUAUGUUCUGAGCUCUCUGGCCUGUCACCAUGGGAUCACUCUUCUGAAGAGACUUCCUGGAGGACACUGAUGAGAUGUCUACAGGAAAAAUGAUGAGAACUCUGAUCACCACACACCCACUGCUCCUGCUUCUAUUGCUGCAGCAGCUGCUGCAGCCAGUGCAGUUUCAAGAGGUGGAUACAGAUUUCGAUUCCCCAGAAGAUAAAAUGGAAGAAUUUCGAGAGUAUUUGGAAGAAUUUCGUAGGACAGGGCCCACCAGACCACCUACCAAAGAAAAAGUCGAAAGACGUGUCAUUAUUGAACCUGGAAUGCCAUUAUAUCAUAGGGACUACUGUAAUGAAGAAAUCAUGAGAAAAAAUGUUUACCACAAACAGCGUUGUGUGACAGAACAUUACUUUCUCCUUAUGCAAUAUGACGAGCUGGAAAAAAUCUGUUACAACAGAUUUGUGCCAUGUAAGAAUGGAGUUAGGAAAUGCAACAGGAGCAAGGGUCUUGUAGAAGGAGUGUAUUGUAAUUUAACAGAAGCAUUUAAAAUACCGAGGUGUAAAUAUAAGUCAUUUUAUAGGAGGGGCUAUGUCCUUAUCACCUGUGCAUGGCAAAAUGAAAUACACAAACUUAUUCCUCAUACUAUAAAUGAUCUCGUGGAGCCACCUAAACACAGAAGUUUCCUCAAUGAGGAUGGUGUCUUUGUCAUACUGCCCUAGCAGAGUGUUCUCUGAGAGCUUAGGGUGGGAGGAAUAAUCCUCUCCAUACCGAUCCUUAUAGAUCAAAGUUGAGAAUGGUAAUUUUGUUUCCAUUCACUUUAAUCACCCACUUUCCUUUCUUCCUUUCCCAACACCUCACAAAAGCACCAUAGCCUCGGUUCACAGACAGUGCUCUGAGAUGUGGUCUCAUGCAGGUCCCAUAAGUUAGCAUGCCUUGAAUGUGUUAUGGAUACAGAUGCCUGCAGUGGAAGGAUGACUGGCACCAAGAGGAAAAGGAAAUGGUUGCCUGAAAUGUGCUCCGAAGACACAUCCAUGUGAUUCUCUAGUUCAGCAGAAAGAAUAAAAAGUGCUUCAAUCUA